AUGCUCCGCGAGCUUGCUGCCCAACAACCAAUUAGAGUGCCAGAAUCCAGGGUCGUUUUCGUGGGCGUAUUUCAGGACUACCCCAAUCACACGCGCCACUCAGUCAAGGUUGGUGUCAGUGCAGGAACACAGGAACUGCUGCUGUCACUUAAAAAAAAGCCCAGUUGUCCAUCCAGCACCAUGGGAAAGAAGAGUCGAGUGAAGACUCAGAAGUCGGGCUCAGGAGCCUGCGCUGUGGUUUCCCCCAAGGAGAUGAUGAACCUCAUCUCUGAACUGCUGCAGAAAUGCAGCAGUGCAGCACCCUCUGCUGGUAAAGAGUGGGAGGAGUACGUCCAGAUCAGAGGCUUGGUGGAGAAGAUCCGCAAGAAACAGAAAGGUAUGUCAAUAGUGUUUGAGGGCAGCAGAGAGGACCACUUCCCAGAUCUGAUGUCCUGGGCUCAGGAAAACGGGGCGUCCUGUGACAGCUUCACAGUGGCUAACUUUGGAAUGGAGGGCUACGGCCUGCGGGCCACCAGAGAAAUCAAGGCAGAGGAACUCUUCCUGUGGAUUCCCAGGAAGAUGCUAAUGACGGUGGAGUCGGCCCAGAACUCUGUACUGGGUCCUCUGUACAGCCAGGACAGGAUCCUACAGGCCAUGGGAAACGUGACGCUGGCCUUCCAUCUGCUGUGUGAGCGAGCCAACCCUGCUUCAUCCUGGCUGCCGUACAUCCGCAGUCUUCCUCAGGAGUAUGACACGCCGCUGUUCUACCAGCAGGAUGAGGUGCAGCUGCUGCUGGGCACACAGGCAGUGCAGGACAUCCUGAGCCAGUACAAAAACACUGCACGCCAGUACGCUUACUUCUACAAACUGAUACAGACUCAUCCCGCCGCCAGCAAACUGCCCCUGAAGGACAGCUUCACAUUUGAUGACUACAGGUGGGCGGUGUCCUCGGUGAUGACCCGUCAGAACCAAAUCCCUACUGAGGACGGCAGCCGGGUCACUCUGGCCCUCAUCCCCCUCUGGGACAUGUGUAACCACACAAAUGGACUGAUCACCACCGGCUACAACCUGGAGGAUGAUCGCUGUGAAUGUGUGGCACUGCAGGACUACAAGGAGAAUGAACAGAUCUACAUCUUCUAUGGCACCAGAUCCAAUGCCGAGUUUGUCAUCCACAACGGCUUCUUCUUCCAAGACAACGCCCACGACCGAGUGAAGAUCAAGCUGGGCGUCAGUAAGAGCGAACGCCUCUAUGCCAUGAAGGCCGAAGUGCUGGCACGAGCCGGCAUCCCAGCGUCCUGUAUCUUUGCUCUGCACUGUAAUGAACCCCCCAUUUCAGCCCAGCUCCUAGCCUUCCUCAGAGUCUUCUGCAUGACCGAGGAGGAACUGAAGGACUACCUGCUCGGAGAUCGUGCCAUCAAUAGGAUCUUCACCUUGGGCAACAGCGACUUCCCUGUCAGCUGGGAGAACGAGAUCAAGUUGUGGACUUUCCUCGAGACCCGAGCUGCUCUGCUGCUCAAGACCUACAAGACCACCUCAGAGGAGGACCGCUUAAUGCUUGAGAAACCUGAUCUGUCUCUCCAUUCUCGCGUGGCGAUCCAGCUCCGCCUGGCCGAGAAGCAGAUCCUGGAGAAGGCGUCAGCCAGUGGGCGGUCCAAACGCCUGCACUUCCAGAAGAAGCUAGAGGAGGGCGCUCCGCUGCCUCGCUAUGAGGAAAGCGAUAUCGCUUUGCUGGAGAAUACAGACGCAGAUGCUAAGCUUCCUAUUAUCCUGCGCAAGCUAGAGGAGGUGGAAGAAGGCCAGGAGAUCCAGAUGGAGGAGCACAGUCACCUCCUGAAUGGGGAGAAGGCUGUGUAUGGGUUGAAUAUGGAGGAUAAUGGAGAGCCAGUGCAGGAGGAGACUCAGGAGAAGGUCAGCAAAGAUGUUAAUUCAGCUUUGGACUCGAUUGGAAGUUCAACCCAGAAGGGCCAAAAGGAAGUGGCCAACCUAAGUGCCAGCCGAACUGAAGAUAAUCCCAAAGAGAACAGUGAAUAAGUAUAAUCCACAGCCCAUGCUAUUUAUUUAUUUUUGUGUCUCUUAAAUGACUCAGAAAUAUAGAAGCUGAAAAUUUUUUAAUUCAAAGUCGCAGAACUUUUCCGACUGUGCGUUCAUCCAGCGUGGCUUUUCUUAGUUGUCCACUGCUGAACUUGUUUAAAAAUGCUGCCAGUGUGUCCCUCAGCCUUCUGUGCAGAACAGGAUUUGAUUAAAAUUAGCUUUUGUUUUACGUUGUAAGUAUAAAGCCUAGGUUUACAUUGAAAUAUUUCGAGGCCUACAGUAUAGGAAGAAAGCAAGCGGGGACACUGCAAUCUGGUUCCAGCAAAUUGUUAGGUGAAUGUUAUUUCCACAAAGCCAAAAUCUCUCUAAUCUUGUGAAUUGGUUGGUUUAUUACUGCAGUUUGUCUCCAUAUAUGUCCAGUAUGUUUUGAGUUGACAAUCGUAUUCUCUAGUGCAUUUUGUGGUGUGCUACCACUUAUAAAGGCCAUCACUACCCAUACUACCCUUUUUUUUCUGGUUGAACUCAUUUCAAGCAAAAUAACUAAAGGAAUCAUAAAAUGCUCUUUUUAGACUAUGAGAACACUUGUUUUAAAUUGAUGGUGGUAACUGUUAUGGAUCAGUAUGACAGGCCAAAAUGGAAGAUGGUUUUUGCUUCUUCAAUGAAAAAUGUUAUUUUUACCAUCAAAUUGUACAAUUUUCAUUUCAUAGUUACAGCCCUCAUUAAGAAACAUAGAAUUUUGUUUUAUUUUGUGUUUUAAAAAGUAUCUUUGUGAAUGUACUCAGUUUAGGUUGCAGUGAUUAUCUGCGGAUGUCACCAAAAGGGAGUGAUGAGAGAGCAGUGAUCACUGCUGUUGCCCCUGAGAAAGCCAUAUACAGCACUGAGGACUCAGUGAGACACGGGAGGAUGACGGUUCGUGUAAGGUCUCCUGUUGGAAGCUUUUGUUUUGUUCGACUGCCUUAAAAUGAGGCAAUUUCAACAUGACACUUUUUGUAUGAAAAACACGGAAGCACUGUCAGUAGGUUCUUACUCUCUUUAGUUUGUGUUAACUGUAGGGUGGCCCUGACUCGGUGCACUGAUGAUACUGACUGAAUCCCUGACAGUCGAUGCAUCGUGGAGGGGAAAAUCAGUUAGAACAUUGUACCUUUUAUAGUAGAAAAUGUGCUCAUGGGUACUUCUAGUUUAGCCCAUUGUGUCAACUCAUUAUCUCACCCAUUACAUUGUGUAGCUACUGUGUGCUUCAACUCUUCUACAGUAAUGCAGGGACACAAUGUUGUUUAUAGUGCUACUGUAUGUGGCUCACUUUUACAUUAACAAUACAUGAUUGAUAUAGUUUGACAAAUUAAUCUCAAGUCAAAGUCCACCUAUUAGUUUUUUUCAGCGCUAUCGAUCAUAUUGCACAAGGACUUCAUCAAAACAUGUACUUGUUGGUUCAGGUGUCAUCUCGUACCCUAAGUAUGGAACUUGGUCAGGUGAUAACAAGUGGUUGUAUUGGCUGCCCCCCUAAAUGUUGACGGUUGGACUCAUAAGUCGAGAAGACCCCGAGUCCACUCGCAUUGCGUUAGUGGAAUCAGAAUCUUGUCUUAAAAUGACCUCACUACAAAACAGUGACGGGAAUAGAGAGGGUUGAUGGAAACUGAGGCUAGACUGUGAAGUCGGCUUAACGUCUUCUGAACCAGACGCUCCUCUGCUGCCGUCCAGUGUCAAUCAGUCUUCAGCUGACAGUGGUGUCAGCAGCCAAUCAGGAGAGAGGAUUUUAUAACUGAAAUGUGAGCAGGACACACGUUUUAUUUCUUUGACUGUGUGGAAAUCUGAUGUUUUCACAUCACAGAUGAUCAACAAAGGCAUUUAAACAUGAGUCUUGCAGGUAAAACAUGAGACUCAUGUAGGCUGUUAGAAGAGUUUAGUGUGGUGCAGCUGGACUGUAACUGGGCGGAGGCCAUAAAUUAUAUAUUCUCAUAUUUGUGGGCAAGGUGUAUUUAAGAAAAAACAUAAGUAAUAUUGAGUAUAUAUAAAACGAGACAUAUCUGUAGACAACGCAUGAACUAUAAGCACAUACCAAAUUAAUAUACAGUGAUGACACAUAUACAACCACCUGUUAUCGUGUGAUAGAAGUACUGUAUUUACUGUAGGUCACAUGAGAACAUCUAAACCAGCUCUAAGUAAAGUGAGCAAACUCCAUUUACUGAUGAAGACUGUGAGAUGUGGUUGAAAGCCCCACAAAACACUAGUAAGUGUACCUUUGGUUAAGAUUUUCUUCUCAAAGUACUGUUCCGAAAGUCAAGAACGUCCUCGAUUGAUGAAUUGAAUUCCGUCAGUUUCCCAGAGCUCAAGGUAACGUCUACAAACAGCUUUUUUUUCCCGACCAAGAGGCCAAAAUUUAAAGAUGUUCAUUUUACUGUCAUAAAAGACUAAGAAAUCCAGCAGAUAUUUACAUUUAGGAAAGUUAUUCCAGUGUUUGCCAUUUUUUUGCUUCCAAAAUUGCUUAAAUGAUAAAUCGCUUAUCAAUAUAGUUGACGUUUAAUUUUAUGUCAGUUGACUACUCAAUCAACCAAUUGCCUCAGUGCCAAUCUUCACACAAAUACAAAUAUAUAAAAAUGAGGUUUAAGGGGAGUUACAUGCUGAAACUAGCCUAACCUGGCUUUAUGCUAAGCUAAUCACCUCCCAGUUCCAGCUCUAUACCUAAUGCAUAGACAUGAGCGUGGUAUCGAUCUUCUCAUCUAAUUUUCCAUAAGAAAGUUGAACUAUUUCUUUAAAGUUAUAGCAUGAGACGUGUUGGUUUUUGAAUUCCUCGACAAAUUGAAAUAAAGCGUUAAAACUGUCCCUGGUCUCCCCUACUUGAUAUGUACUCUCAGAAAUGAGUGUUGGCCAACAUAUAUGAUUAGCACCACAGGUUUGAUUCGAUUUUUUUCCUCCUUUAGCUCCUUCUAGACGGAUAUAAAUAUCUUCUGUGACUGUCAGUGCACCUUGGCUUUGGCUUAGUGAUUUAGAAUCGAUCACCUAAAAUGUGCGUUGGGCUCACUCCUAAAUUGAUUUAGCGAACCUUGCCAUGUUGUCCACUAACAGAGGCUUGUUGGUGAUAUGACCAAAACUAGGUUCUGUUCACCGAAGGUCAGAUGUUUAUGACCGCUUUGUACCACAUGAUGCUCUUGUUUUGUAUCACGUUUGAUGUGUCACCAUCUUUCUGUGGUUCGAGCACUUUUCCAUCACAAAUCUGUAUUUUUUUAUGCAAUCAUGUAUGUUUACCAACCUUAUUGGUAACAUUCAGUCUGUGUGCUGCUUUUCUAUAGACCUCUGUACCAUUGUGUGCGUGUGUGUGUGUGCGUGUGUGUGUGUGCGUGCGUGUGAGAGAGAGCGAGAGAGAGAGAGUGAGCAAGAGCUCCUGGCUUUAACCAUAGACUCAACAAGUCCUGGACAGGUACAUUGCUAUCCAGCUGAACCGGACUCCUCACCGUACCACCGUAUGCAGUUCUGGGUUUCUGUUGGCGUAAAAAACCCGGAGUGUACAGUCAAAGCUGGAGUUGAUAAGGAAACUUGUCCUGAAGCUGUCAGAGAUUAAACUUCAUCUCAUUUCUCA